UCCAUAUUUUUCACAAGUUGCAAAGUGUGUUGAGUGUUAGGAAAAGAACCCAAAAUGUCGCUCCUCUCAGCGAGAUUAGCCGCCACCGUUGCGCGCAACCUGCCCAGGGCAUCGCCACAGGUCGCCAGGAUGAUCUAUCCGGCCACUUCGCUGGCGGCUCGCAAGUUUCAUGUGUCAAGCCAGAAGAACGCUGAGAUCUCGGCUAUCCUGGAGGAGCGCAUCCUGGGCGCCGCGCCGAAGGCCGAUCUGGACGAGACUGGCCGCGUGCUGAGCAUUGGAGACGGUAUCGCUCGUGUGUACGGCUUGAAGAACAUCCAGGCCGACGAGAUGGUGGAGUUCUCGUCUGGGCUGAAGGGCAUGGCCCUCAACUUGGAGCCCGACAACGUGGGCGUGGUGGUGUUCGGUAACGACAAGCUGAUCAAGGAGGGCGACAUCGUGAAGCGUACCGGCGCCAUUGUGGACGUGCCUGUAGGCGAGGAGCUGCUAGGACGCGUCGUGGACGCUCUGGGCAAUCCCAUCGACGGCAAGGGUGCCAUCACGUCCAAGACGCGCUUCCGUGUGGGCAUCAAGGCCCCUGGCAUCAUUCCUCGUAUCUCCGUGCGCGAGCCCAUGCAGACUGGCAUCAAGGCUGUGGACUCGCUGGUGCCCAUCGGCCGUGGACAGCGUGAGCUGAUCAUUGGCGAUCGUCAGACCGGCAAGACCUCCCUCGCCAUCGACACCAUCAUCAACCAGAAGCGCUUCAACGACGGCCAGGACGAGUCGAAGAAGCUGUACUGCAUCUACGUCGCCAUCGGCCAGAAGCGCUCCACCGUCGCCCAGAUCGUGAAGCGUCUCACGGACACUGGCGCCAUGAACUACUCCAUCAUCGUGUCUGCCACGGCGUCAGAUGCCGCCCCGCUGCAGUAUUUGGCCCCGUACUCGGGCUGCGCCAUGGGCGAAUUCUUCCGCGACAACGGCAAGCACGCGCUCAUCAUCUACGACGAUCUGUCGAAGCAGGCCGUGGCCUACCGUCAGAUGUCCCUGUUGCUGCGUCGUCCCCCCGGUCGUGAGGCCUAUCCCGGCGAUGUGUUCUACCUUCAUUCGCGUCUGCUCGAGCGUGCAGCCAAGAUGAGCCCCGCCAUGGGCGGUGGAUCGCUCACGGCGCUGCCCGUGAUUGAGACGCAGGCCGGCGACGUGUCUGCCUACAUCCCCACCAACGUCAUCUCCAUCACGGACGGACAGAUCUUCUUGGAGACCGAGCUGUUCUACAAGGGCAUCCGGCCAGCCAUCAACGUGGGUCUGUCGGUGUCGCGUGUCGGCUCCGCUGCCCAGACGAAGGCCAUGAAGCAAGUGGCCGGUUCCAUGAAGCUGGAGCUGGCUCAGUACCGUGAGGUGGCCGCCUUCGCGCAGUUCGGCUCUGAUCUGGAUGCCGCCACUCAGCAACUCUUGAACCGCGGUGUGCGUCUCACGGAGCUCCUGAAGCAGGGACAGUACGUGCCCAUGGCCAUCGAAGAGCAGGUGGCUGUCAUCUACUGCGGCGUGCGAGGGCAUCUGGACAAGAUGGAGCCCCAGAAGAUCACCAAGUUCGAGAAGGAGUUCACUGAGCACGUGAAGUCGAACGAGAAGGCACUCCUGCAGCAGAUCGCGACUGACGGUAAGAUUACAGAUCAAACUGAUGCGAAGCUCAAGGAGAUUGUCACCAAAUUCUUGGCCACAUUCACGGGUUAAACGGAUGUUUGGCCCCUCCUCUUAAACACCUUUUAAAUUAACGAUUUCGAGAGAGUUGUAAUAGAGAUUAAUUGAGGAAACACAGUGAAAGAAGGAACAGUAGAACCUGUCGGUGACAUCAAGCGAGUGCCAGAGGCGAGGAAGGAUUAUAUUCGAUUGAUUGCGAAUGAGGGAGUCCAAUAAAAAGGUUAAUAAUUGAAA